AAAUUAAGUCCCAGUGUCAAGCUCCUUAUUUGCAAUUCCAUGUAAAAGAGGGUAUUGAAGUAUUCCACAUCACUUGUAGAAUAUGGUUGCAAGGGGGCCUUAUAUUUGUCUCCUUCCACCUAAUUUCUAUGCCAAUUUUGGGCUACUGCUCAGUUUGAGUAUUUAUAUAUGUGGGUUUGAGAAAAUAGUCACCGGACGUGUAAAAAACCGAGGAUGAUCAGCUUCAUCAGGCUUUUCUAGAACUGCUCUAAUUGCUGGAGCGAUGAGAAGUUCACCAGGAUUCAACAUGUUCUUGUUUCUUUCUCUCGCAUUUGCAUUGCUGUCCUUAGGAUCAGCCAUUUCAGGGCAGAUCACACAGACUGUCUUCGAUGAUUAUUAUGAUUCAAUGGCGACAACACAGUGUUUGACGGAGCCGGGGAGCCUUAUGUAUGGAGGUGGGGUCAUACUGAACCCAGAGUUCAUCCACGGCACUUCCGCAUGGACCUUGUUUGGGCAAGGAGCAACUGAAUUGCGCAUAUCACAUACCAACAACAGGUUCAUGGUGGCUCGCGAUAGGAAACGCCCGUCAGACAGUUUCUCUCAGAAAGUCCAGCUCGAGAAGGGAAUGUUCUACGCAUUUUCUGCUUGGGUACAAGUAAGUCAAGGAAGCGAGACGGUAUCGGUGGCGUUUCGAACUGGAGAUGGCGAGUUUGUCCGUGGAGGCAGUGUUGUGGCCGAGCAAGGGUGCUGGUCUUUGCUGAAAGGAGGCAUCGCCGCGAAUUCUUCGAGCACAGCUGAUGUUCUUUUCGAGAGCAAGAAUAUCUCGACAGAGAUAUGGGUCGACAAUGUCGCGUUGCAGCCGUUCUCGAAGAAGCAAUGGAGGAAUCACCAAGAAGAAAGCAUAGAGAAGGUACGGAAAAGCACAGUGAGGUUCCAGAUAACUUCUGUGAACGAAAGAGGACUCGGGGUCGGAGGAGCCAAUGUUCUCAUCAAACAGACCAAACCGGGCUUUCCAUUCGGGUGCGGCAUGAACUUCCACAUCCUUGAGAGCGCCGAUUACCAGAACUGGUUCACGUCGCGGUUCAGAUACACCACUUUCACCAACGCAAUGAAGUGGUACAGCACGGAGGCAAAACAAGGCCAAGAGAACUACACAAUAGCCGACGCAAUGCUGAAGUUUGCGCAAGAUAAUAACAUUUCGAUCCGAGGCCACAAUGUCUUCUGGGACAACCAGAAGUACCAGCCCGAUUGGGUCAAGACCCUUGCCCCCGAUGAUCUGCGAAAAGCAGCGGAGAAGAGGAUCAAUUCAGUUGUCUCACGAUACGCAGGAGAAUUGAUUGCCUGGGAUGUGGUCAAUGAGAACAUGCACUUCAGCUUCUUCGAGGACAACCUCGGGGAAAAUGCUUCCUCGAUGUAUUACUCAACGGCAUACAAGCUCGAUCCGACCCCGAGAAUGUUCCUGAACGAGUACAACACCAUCGAGUACAGCGGGGACGAGAAGGCAAGCCCGGGGAACUACAAGAAGAGGCUCCAGGAAAUAUUUUCGUACCCCGGGAAUGAGGAUAUACCGGCCGGGAUAGGAGUGCAAGGCCAUUUCGGCACUGGCCAGCCAAACUUGGCAUACAUGAGAUCAAGCCUAGACAUUCUGGCCACAACUGGUGUGCCCAUUUGGCUCACAGAAGUGUCUGUGGAUCCAGGAGCUAACCAGGCUCAGUACUUGGAAGAUGUGCUCAGGGAGGCUUACUCCCAUCCCGGUGUGGAAGGGAUCAUAAUGUUCGCCGGCCCCAUGUACGCCGGCUUCAACUCCACGGCGCUCACGGACAUGAACUUCAACAACACGCUGGCCGGGGAUGUCGUGGACAAGCUGAUCCAGGAAUGGAGAUCCGAGGACCUAGAGGCUCGCGCCGAUGAGGAAGGGUUCUUCAGCACUACACUGCUUCAUGGAGAGUAUGAGAUCACUAUCACCGAUCCAAUCUCAAAUUCCUCUUCCACUUCAAGAUUUGAAGUGACCAGAGAUAGCUUCAGGAAAAUUUACCAUUUUCACAUAUAAUGAAUUGUCAGCUACAAGCUCCUAUGAAGCUAGGGAUAGUGCUUUGAUUGUUGAUUGAUAAUUGCUAAGUUAAGAUUAAUAAGAGAGAGUAGACAUAAGGACCCUUAAAUGCCAGGCAUUUUUUUUUUUGGUCGAAAAAUGCGUUGCAUAUGUAAAUACCAAGUAAAUAAUGUUUAGUAAUUUUUCGGGCGCU